UUCUUCUUCUUUUUCCUCAUUCCUUUCCUUUCCCCUAUUCUUAUCUCUCCUUUCGGUCAUCUAAUCUUCUUUCUUUCACUUCAGCCCCUCUCUCCCCUGUUCUUUUUAGGCAAUGGUUGGUUGAGGAAAAACUUAAACAGAUGUCGACAAUAAUGGAGAGAUGCAAGUCCAUGGUUAUAACAGGCCACUCCCUGGGAGGAACAACUGCUUCUCUUUUAGCUAUUUGUCUCCUUUGCCAAUCCAUGGUUUCACCUUCUCCAAUAUCAGUAGUAUGCGUCACAUUUGGUUCUCCCUUGCUAGGAAAUGAUGCACUUCAUCGGGUGAUCCUUCGUGAAAGAUGGGGAGGAAACUUUUGCCACAUCGUCUCCAAACAUGACAUUAUGCCACGGCUGCUCCUUGCUCCAGUAGCUUCCCUCAAUCCUCAACUUCAAAUCCUUCUACAUUUUUGGCACUUGUCCAUGACUCAUCGACACUUUGGACUAGUUGCUUCUCAACUAAAUGAUGAAAUCAAGUCUAGUAUUUUUUGCUUUGUAUUGUCUCAUCUAGAAGCUUUGGCGCAUGCAGAAGGGUCUGAGAGAAGUCCGUUCUGGCCCUUUGGGAGCUAUGUCCUUUGUACCCAUAAGGGAGCCAUUUGUGUAGAUAAUGCAAACUCUGUGGUCAAGUUGAUGCAUUUGAUGCUAGUCAUGAGCUCACCCAAUUGUGCAAUUGAGGACCAUCUCAAUUAUAGAGACUAUGUUGAGAAAGUUCAGUUACAGUUUUUGAAGGCUAGAAGCUUUCUCCAAAGGAACAUUUAUGAUUCAAGCUACGAAGCGGGAGUUGCUUUAGCGUUGGAGUCCUUAGAAAUAACUACCAAGGAACUUAUGGCAAGAAUGGGGCAAGACUGCCUGAAGAUGGCUAGGCGAAUGGGACGAACCCCAAACCUGAAUGGUGCGAAUCUAGCAAUAAGAUUGUCCAAGAUAACACCUUACAGAGCUGAAAUUGAGUGGUACAAAGCCUGCUGUGAUCAAGCUGAUGAUCAAAUGGGCUACUAUGAUUCCUUCAAGCUCAGAGGAGCCUCAAAGAGGGACUCUAGAGUCAAUAUGAACAGACACAAGCUUGCUGGGUUCUGGAACAGUGUGAUCUACAUGCUUGAAAAUAAUCAACUACCAUAUGAUUUUCUCAGGCGGGAAAAGUGGGUCAAUGCUGCCCAGUUCUACAAGCUUCUUGUUGAGCCACUAGAUAUUGCGGAGUACUAUCGAACUGGCAUGCUCCGUAUCAAAGGUCAUUACAGAACUCAAGGAAGGGAGAGGAGGUAUCAGAUUUUUGAUAAGUGGUGGAAUGAUAGAAGGGUUGCAGAGGAAGGAAACAAAAAGAGAAGCAAAUUCGCUAGCCUUACUCAAGAUUCAUGCUUUUGGGCGAAGGUAGAGGAAGCUCGGGAGUUCCUAGAUAAUAUUAGAUCCGAAACUGAUGUGAUGAAGAGAGUUUGGCUUUGCGACAAGAUUAAUGAUUUCGAAAGAUAUGCAAAAGAAUUGAUCGAGAGUAAAGAGGUUUCAAAAGAUGUACUCGUAAAGUACUCAAGCUACAGUCUUUGGAUGGAAGAAUGGAGAGAAUUGAAAUCACAAAUGCAGCAAUUCCCGUCUCAGUUUCCAAGUUUCCUAGACGGCGAAGUAGUUCCAUAGUUUAAAUUCCAGAAUAAGUAUGGUAAGUAAACUUUGUAAGAUAUUAUCAUAACAAGACAAUACAGAUAGUUACAGGGUUGUUUCGAUUAGUUAUUUGGCUAUAGGUAAAAGCUAAAAUUAAUAUAUAAUGAUUGAUAAUUGUUAUUAUUUAGGUUAAAAUCCUUUUUUGGUCUCCAAAUUAUUGUACGGAUCCUUGAUUUAGUCCUUGAACUAAAAAAAUCUCUGAUUU